AUGGGGAAUGUCGCUUGCACGGAUGCUGUGCCCUUCACACUGGAGGAAAUUCUGCUCUCACGCCAGGCGGCCCCGGCACGUCUUAUGGAGUUGCUACCGGAGACCGUCAUUGAGAACUUCACGCGGUACCAGCACAACUUGAAGGCGUUCAUGUUUCGUCAGGGCGCAGCAACAGGCGAUGCCGUGAAACGGAUGGAUUCUUCGCAGGUUUAUUUACAGCCGUUGGACCUUGCACAGGCAAAAAUUAAGUUGACGGAAUCCGCGGUGUAUGUGCUAUUGCAUGUGCAGUGCACACCACCCGCGGCGAGUGACUCGAAUUGUCAUGAUACCGUUGGCACGCGAGGUGGGGAGCGGCCCCAUAGGGAGUCGGAUGGAAUCCAAUGCAGCAAUGAAGAGACACUUUUGUGGGCACGUGUACUUACGGAUAUGUUUACACCAAGAGGUCGUGCAACGGCGUUCGCGACAAAUAUUGACAAGCCUUCAUUUUCUGCUUCACCAUCGACUGGCUUGGAAAAUGCUGGUGUGGGUGCCGGUGAUAAUUCGUAUGGUUUUACCGCGUCUUCAGGCAUGGGUGGAUUGGACUUUCGCUUUAGCGUUCAUAUUCUUACUGGAAACAAGGCGGAUCAACUGGUGGCAUCUGUUGCGUUGCUUCACGCAUUACGUAUUGAACAGUCUCUUAUGGAGAGUGAUGAGGUGGUCCGGCGCUUAUUUUUUAACUACAAGCCCUCGCAGGGGAUGUCGGAUGCAAAAUUAGCUUCCCUCUCAUGUAUGCCUAUUGGAGAGAUUGUGGGCGAUCGUUCCUUUUCACACCGUAGUCCACGCAUCAUGGAGGAGUGCCCGAAGAAUGCCAUUUUUCGCAUUUUGCAUAAUAUUCGAUGUAAGACAUCGUUUCCGACGAUUUUGCCGACACCGUUUUCUGCGCGCGGGAAUCUGUCACGUGACAGCACACCACGUGGGAUGUUCAACACCACCGCCACGAACAACUCCUCUUCCAUUUACCAGCAGGCAACUAUGCAAUCUCGGGCCGGUGUUGCGUCUCCAUCCAGCGCGCAGGGACCUCCUGUAUUGGAGAUACCCCGCCUACGUUUUGCGGCAGAAGCGGCACGGCAGAGGGCGGUGGAUAUGCCGCUGAAUGCCCCGCGACAGUCCACUGCACAAACACCACGGUUGACGCAACUCGAGGGAGCCUCAUCGGUAUCGAAUGCCACCUCCACCCGGACAACGACUGCCACCGUAGGCUCGACGUUAUUGCCCGUCAUUGCCAAUUUACACCUAAACGAAACACUGAAUAGGCGGUGCGCCACAGAGUUGAGUCUUGAGAAUGAUGAGAUUCGCAUGACAGAGGAGCGGGUGAAGAAGUUGAGGGCUGCGGCACCGGAGGCCACCGAGGUACUCCCAUGGCUAUUUGUGGGCGGUGAGGAGGCCGCAGGAGACCGCAACCAACUUUUAGCAAAAGGCAUUACCAAUGUUGUAAACACCGUUGCUUUUUCUAUGGGAAAUCUCCAUAGUGAUAUCUUUCGGUAUCUAGGACUUUAUCUAAGCGACUCCCCGGAUGAACCUAUUUUCUCACUUUUUCCCGUUGUUAUCCGCUUUGUUGAGGAAGCACGGUUAAAGGGGGGAAAGACAUUUAUUCAUUGCCACCAGGGUGUAUCCCGUUCUUGUUCAUUUGUCAUUGCCUACGUCAUGUGGCACCAGGGUAUUUGCUAUGACAGGGCAUUUGAAUUUGUUCGUUCAAAACGUCAAGUGUGUAGCCCAAACACCGGAUUUUACGUGAAUUUGCUGUUAUGGGAGAAUCAGUUGUCCACUCCUGUCUUUAACAAGAUAUAUGCAUAUGUCCCGUACAUGGAGUACCUUUUUCCCUUCUCAUUCCGUCUUGCAUUGGCGUUCCGUGGGUCCCAGAGGAGCCAAGAUGACGACUCACAGAUCGUCAAUCCGUUUGUGCAUGUUGUUCACGGAACCGAUGAGAGCUACACGGUGGACCCAAGACUGAGUUAUGGUAUCCUACUGGGAGACCGCGGCUCACGGAGUGAAGAUCGUGCGAUGCCAAUAAAAUCGUACUUCUUUGCUGGCUCGGACUGCGACGCGAUCGUAUGGCAGGAAGCCAGACUGGACUGGGACGCCUUCAUUAAGUACAGCUUUUACCAAGGACAGAAGAAGCGAAGUACAAAUAACAAGGGAGAAGUGAUCACGUUUACCCCUAUGCCACCGGCUGAGCAGCCAACGCAGUGCUUGUGGGAAUUGAGGGAUUUGGGUCGUGUCAUUAACGAAGGCGUAUUUAGUCAAACGCGUCGGGCAUCCGGUGGGACUCGAUAUCCAAAUGUGGUGCAGGGACAGGUGCAGUGCUGGAACAAAUUGCUUGCCCGUGAUGAUUUGGUUUUUCGACUUUCCACUUAUCUUGCGGAGGAACAACGUGUAAAUUUAACGUCUCAAAGCCGUAAGCGCAUGCGAGAGGAGGAACGAAGACGUCUCUCCAAAUUAGUAUCUUCUGCUAGCACACCACGGUUGUCGUCAUAUAAAGGUGGUAGUGGCAGGAAUAAUGCCGGGACAAGUUCUGUUGUUGUGAAUGCUGCUAACCCCACCAAUACCACAAAUAAUACCCCCCUCACUGCUCAUACGAGUUUUUCAAUAGCUGCACCUUCCUCACGUGUCGCUGCCGCCAACACUGCGGCGAUGGAUUUGCUGCCAUUGGUGCAGCCGUUACCUACACCGCCGUUGGUAACACCAGCAACAACAACAACAAAGUCGGCUGCUGCAAGUGCGAAGACUUCAUUGCCACGCAAGACGAAAUCCUCAAUACCGUCGACAGCGCGUUCCAACUCCUUGGGAGGUGAAGUGGAGAUAUACGCCUAUCCUUUUACCGGUCCUCCGCUUACGGACAUAUUAGACGUUGCAGACAUGGAGCCGGAUGGUUGCUACGCGGUUGUGGUUCCUGCCACCGCCGCCGCCGCCACGACGUCAUGGCGUCAUCGUGUGUUUUUGUGGCUUGGGCGCAGUUGCAGCGUUGGGGAGGCAGAGGCGUGGCAGACUUACCGGCGAUCACUAAAGAUCGACAAGGAUGUUCGUCUGUGGAAUAAGACUUUGCUGCAGAGUCCUUUGGAAGAGGUGGCGCAUGAUGGUGAGGAGCCGGACGACCUCAUCCUUGCGCUCGAAUGA